AUGAACUCACUAGAUCAACCCGAUGAGCUCGAGGCUGUCUGCACAGCCAUCCAAUCCAUCGUCCACCGUCUUGGCUCAACAACUCAAGAUGUUAAGGAUGACCCAAUCAUCAAAGUCGCAGAACCAAAGGAUGUCCCCUACCUCAGGAAGAUAGGUACUCCUGGUGCAGCGCACUCAAUCGACCAAGUCCUUGAUGAAGCAUUUGCAGCAUUCGACCACCGCAUGCGCGUCAACCAUCCUCGCUUCAUGGGUUUCAUCCCAUCACCUACAUCACCAAUUGCAUGGCUGGGCGACAUUGUAGCCAGUGCUUUUAAUGCAUUGGGUGCUUCGAAAUUGCAAGCCUCAGGCCCAGUGGUCAUUGAAAAGACCCUGAUCGAAUGGUUGGCUUCACAAGUCGGUUUCCCUUCAACUGCCGGUGGCAUUUGUGUUUCCGGUGGUUCAAUGGCGAAUUUGAUGGGCAUUGUACUCGCUCGGGACCGCUUCGUGCCACAUGGUGAAUCACACAAGGGCGUUGUUUAUCUUUCAGACCAGACUCAUUACUCUGUGGCCAAGGCUUUGCGUUUACUCGGUUUUGAUAAGAAACAAAUUCGGCAUUUGCCUGCAGACGGCUCCUUUAGAUUUGAUUCAAGUCUUCUGGAACAGACAAUACGCGACGACCGAGAAGCAGGCCUUGUGCCUUUUCUGGUGGUUGGCACAUGCGGAACAACAAACACUGGCGCCAUCGAUCCAUUAGAGCAGCUCUCUGAGAUAUGCAAGAGGGAGCAACUCUGGUUACACGUCGAUGGUGCAUAUGGCGCGUCGGCGACUCUCUCGACUACACGUCACCAAGAGGUGGAUGGUCUUAAGUACGCCGACAGUAUGUCGUGGGAUGCGCAUAAAUGGCUAUUUCAGACCUACAGCUGCGGAUUACUUUUGGUCAAAGAUAGAUCCAACUUGGUGCGUAGCUUUGCCAAUGAGGGGGAUUAUCUUCGCGACGGUGUUGCGAUAGAAGACGAGGAUAUUCCCAACUUUUGGAAUUACAGCAUGGAGCUCACGCGUCCUGCAUCGCGGGCAAUGAAGCUUUGGUUCACACUUCGAGUGAUUGGCGUGGAGAGACUAGGAAAGAUGAUUGAUCACGGGUUCGAUCUAGCAGAGAGAGCAGAGGAAGAAUUGCGCAAGUUGAAUGAUUGGGAGAUUGUCAGCUCAGCGAGUCUGGGAGUCGUGACAUUCCGGUAUGCGCGAAAGGGGUUGACGGAAGAUGAAUUGGAGGUGAUCAACACGGGAGUAUCAAAGAGUCUGAUCUCAAGCAACAUGGCUGGUAUCUUGACUACAAAGGUCAGAGGAAAAGUGGCCUUGAGAAUUUGCGCAUUGAGUCCGCAGUUAGCGCUGGAUGACAUGUCGGAGAUAAUCAGAGAAGCCGAUGCGCUGGCAAAAAGAGGGACGCAGAACGGAGUCAAUGGAGUGUCGCAUUAG